AUGACGAAAAUCAAAGUCAAAAACCCCGUUGUCGAGCUUGAUGGUGAUGAACUAACACGAAUCAUCUGGAAAGAUAUCAAGGAUCGAUUCAUUUUUCCAUACCUCGACAUUGAUAUCAAGUAUUACGACUUGGGCCUCGAAUACCGCGACGCCACAAACAACCAAGUCACAGCUGAUGCAGCAGAAGCAAUCAAGAAAUACUCUGUCGGCAUCAAGUGUGCCACCAUUACACCAGACCAGGCUCGAGUGAAGGAAUUCAACUUGAAACAAAUGUGGCCCUCGCCCAAUGUUGCUGUGCGAACCGCUGUUGGCGGCACCAUAUUUCGAGAGCCUGUGAUUAUUCCUCGUAUUCCUCGUCUGGUGCAGGGCUGGAAGAAGCCAAUCAUUAUUGGCCGACACGCCUUUGGUGACCAAUAUCGAGCAAAGGAGCGCAGGUUUGAGUCAGCUGGGAAGCUGGAGAUGGUGUUCACGCCUCAUAAUGGUGGUACCCCAGAGACCAUAGAGGUCUAUGAAUACCCGAAAAACGGUGGUGUUGGUCUUACAAUGUACAACACCACUGAUUCUAUCCAGGAUUUUGCGCAUUCUUGCUUUCAAUUUGCCCUGUCCAAAAAGAUGCCGCUGUUUCUGAGCACGAAGAACACUGUUCUCAAACAAUAUGAUGGCCAUUUCAAGGAUACAUUUGCCGAAAUUUUUGCUACGCAGUACCGUCAGGCUUAUGAAGAGGCGGGAAUUUCAUACGAACACCGACUGAUUGAUGACAUGGUUGCACAGAUGAUCAAGAGUGAAGGCGGCAUGGUCAUUGCUCUGAAGAACUACGACGGUGACAUUCAAUCUGACAUCGUAGCUCAAGGCUUCGGGUCUCUGGGGCUGAUGACCUCAAUCCUGGUCUCACCUGAUGGCCGCACGUUCCAAACAGAAGCAGCACACGGCACUAUAACACGGCAUUACCGUGAGCAUCAACAGGGCAAGGAGACUUCUUCGAACCCGAUUGCAUCCAUCUUUGCUUGGACUCGUGCCUUGAUCAGACGUGGCGAGCUUGACCAAACCCCUGAGGUGGUUGAGUUUGCCAAGGCGGUGGAGAAGGCCUGUAUUGAUACCGUUGAUAUUGACGGCAUCAUGACCAGAGAUUUGGCUAUAACUUGUGGCAAGACAGAUCGUGCGUCAUGGGUAUUUACACGGGAAUAUAUGGAAGCGGUGGAAAAGAGGCUUCAAAAGAUGCUUGCCACAAACCCAUAG